UCGGCUUCACCUUGUAGCAAUGGCAGCGUCUGGGGAACCCGGGAAGCAGCGUGAAGAGGAGGUGGCGGCGGUGGUGGUGGUGGGCUCCUGCAUGACAGACCUGGUCAGUCUUACUUCUCGUUUGCCAAAAACUGGAGAAACCAUCCAUGGACAUAAGUUUUUUAUUGGCUUUGGAGGGAAAGGUGCCAACCAGUGUGUCCAGGCUGCCAGGCUUGGAGCAAAGACAUCCAUGGUAUGCAAGGUUGGCAAAGAUUCUUUUGGCAAUGAUUAUGUAGAAAACCUAAAACAGAAUGAUAUUUCUACAGAAUUUACAUAUCAGACUAAAGAUGCCGCUACUGGAGCUGCUUCUAUAAUUGUCAAUAAUGAAGGCCAGAAUAUCAUUGUCAUUGUGGCUGGAGCGAAUUUACUUUUGAAUACUAAAGACCUGAGGGAGGCAGCCAGUGUCAUUAGCAGAGCCAAAGUAAUGAUCUGCCAGCUAGAAAUAACUCCGGCAACUUCUUUGGAAGCCCUGACAAUGGCCCGCAGCAGUGGAGUGAAAACAUUGUUCAAUCCAGCCCCUGCCAUUGCUGACCUUGAUCCCCAGUUCUACACCGUAGCAGAUGUGUUCUGCUGCAAUGAAAGUGAGGCCGAGAUUUUAACCGGCCUCACAGUGAGCAGCCCAGCCGAAGCUGGGAAGGCUGCCCUGGUGCUCCUGACAAGGGGCUGCCAGGUCGUAAUCAUCACCUUGGGGGUCGAAGGGUGCUUGAUGGUGUCACAGACAGAGCCUGUUCCAAAGCACAUUCCAACCGAGAAAGUCAAGGCUGUGGAUACCACGGGUGCUGGUGACAGUUUUGUGGGAGCCUUGGCCUUCUACCUGGCUUACUACCCAAAUCUGUCCUUGGAAGAAAUGCUCAAGAGAUCCAAUUUCAUCGCAGCAGUCAGUGUCCAGACUGCAGGAACACAGUCAUCUUUUCCAUAUAAGAAAGAUCUUCCACUUACUCUGUUUUGAAUGCUGCUAACCCCCAAAUAAAUACACCUGGAAAUAA